AUGAGCGGCUACAAGUUUCCCGUCGAUCUCAAGCAGUUCAAGCAGCUUAAGCUUGACCCGAAGACCCCCCCAGCUAAGAGCGAUUUGCUACACAAUAUCAACAUUUUCAGAGAUGCCAUCAUUGCCUUCACAGCAACGGGUGCCGCCCGUGGUGUCGCAGGCCACACUGGAGGUCCCUUCGAUACAGCCCCCGAAGUCUGUAUCUUGCUUGCUUUCAUGAACGCCAACCCCAGCAAAUGGGUCGAUGCCCUGUACGACGAGGCCGGCCACCGUGUCGCCACACAAUACCUGCUGGCUGCAUUGGACGGCAAGAUCGAGCCCGAUCACCUGCUGAACUAUCGUGCCGCCGACUCUCACCUCCCCGGCCACCCAGAGCUCGGUCUCACCCCAGGUAUCAAGUUCAGCUCUGGUCGUCUGGGUCACAUGUGGGGUAUGGUCAACGGAAUUGCUAUGGCCAACAAGGACAAGAACGUGAUCCUGUUGGGAUCUGACGGAUCCCAGCAAGAAGGAAAUGACGCCGAGGCCGCGCGAAUUGCCGUGGCCAGAAAUCUGAAUGUUAAGCUCUUCAUCGAUAACAACGAUGUCACAAUUGCCGGACACCCCUCGGAAUACCUGAAGGGCUAUGAGAUUGCUCGGACCCUUGAUGGACAUGGCUUGAAAGUUCUCCGUGCCCAGGGCGAGGAUCUCGACUCCCUAUACGGCGCUAUGUGCGAAGUCAUCAACCACGACGGUCCCGCCGCUGUUGUUGUCGACCGCAAGAUGGCCGCUGGCAUCGAGGGAAUCGAGGGAGAAUGUCACGCCCAUGAUGUAGUCCCCGUCGAAAUCGCUCGCAAAUACCUCACCAAGCGCGGUUACAGCCAGCAACAGCUUGGUUUCUACGACGAUAUCAAGCCUGGCUCAAAUCCCCACAAGUACAAGGGCUCGACCAAGGACAAGGGUGCGAACCGGUCCAUUUUCGGUGAAGCCGUGAAUGAAAUUCUUGACAAACUGAGCAAGGAGGAGGCUAAGCGUCGAGUUAUGGUCAUCGACUCCGACUUGGCAGGCUCCACCGGCCUGAAGGCCAUCGGUGUCAAACACCCCGAGUCCUUCAUCCCAUCUGGUGUUAUGGAGCGUGGCAAUUUCUCUGCUGCCGCUGGUUUCGGAUUCGGCAGCAAUGGAGAGCGCCAAGGUGUUUUCUCUACCUUCUCUGCCUUCCUGGAGAUGUGUAUCUCCGAGAUCACUAUGGCCCGUCUGAACGACUGUACCGUUCUGGCGCACUUCUCUCACAGCGGUGUUGACGAGAUGGCCGAUAACACCUGCCACUUCGGUCUGAACCACUUCUUCGCCGACAAUGGUCUGAUGGAUGCCUCGAGCACCGCGCUGUACUUCCCUGCCGAUGGCGAGCAGAUGAAGGCCGUAGUCAACGAGGUGUUCUGGAACAAGGGCAUGCGCUUCAUCUUCUCCACCCGUUCCAAGGUCCCUUACAUCUUGAAGGAGGGCACCGACCAGAAGCUCUUUGGUGAGGGCUAUAAGUUCGUUCCCGGUAAGGAAGAAGUCAUCCGCAAGGGCUCCGCUGGUUACAUCGUCUCGUACGGUGAUAUGCUCUACCGCUCGCUUGAUGCUGUCGAGAACCUGCGCGCGGAGGGCCUCGAUGUCGGUCUGAUUAACAAGCCCACUCUCAACGUCGUUGACGAGGAGACUAUCAAGUUGUAUGGAUCCUCACCAUUCGUCCUGGUUGUUGAGUCUAUUGCGCAGAAGACUGGUCUCGGCUCUCGCCUGGGUACACAGCUCCUUGAGCGCAAGUUCACACCCAAGUUCAAGUCCAUUGGUGCUAUCAAGGAGGGAUGCGGUGGUCUGUACGAGCAAGUCAAUGCUCAGGGCCUUGGACCGAGCGAUAUCAUCGCUGCAGUCAAGGAGGUGUCUGGAAACUAG